UGUUUAAUGUGGAAUUGUGGUUUGUCACCUAUCCUUAAUUAGCCGGUAAACAAAUGCGCGUCGAUGAUCAAACUUCACAAAUCACAGCUGUCCAUCACAUGCACAUGCAGCACACUCGAAGCUUUCACCGCCCGAAGAUCCUUCACGGGAAUCACAGCCUUGUGAAUCUACAUAAAUCCUCUGCUUCACACAAGCGAUAGUCCACUCAGAAGAAUGCACUCUCUGUGAACCGUAAACAGGGAGGUGCCAAAACGAAACCCCAUUGCCUCUUUAAAUUCUGUCUCUUCAAACAUCAAAAAUAGUAACCCUAGAAAUCCCAUACUUCAAUUAUCUCUCUGUGUGUGUUCGAUCCUCUAAUCCAACAAAACCUUACAAUCCCACAUAAAAUCAUUCAGACCCACAAAUGCCCAUUUGAUCAGAUCCAAGAAUAGAGAAAUGGGUCACCUGAAUUUGCCCACAUCGAAGCGAAGCCCUCGGCAAUGGCGGCUCUUGGACCUCGUCUCCGCGGUGUUCUUCGGCUUGGUCUUCCUCUUCUUCCUACUCGUUUUCACGCCCCUCGGCGACUCGCUCGCCGCCUCGGGUCGCCAGGCGCUCCUCGUAUCCACCGCCGAUCCGCUCCAGCGACAGCGCCUCGUGGCGCUGCUGGAGCUCGGCACUCAGUCCGCAACCGUGGAGGCCUGCCCCGCCGAGUCCGUGGACCACAUGCCCUGCGAGGACCCCAGGCGGAACAGGCAGCUGAGCAGGGAAAUGAACUUCUACAGAGAGCGCCAUUGCCCCCUGCCGGAGGAGACACCGCUCUGUCUGAUCCCGCCGCCCGAUGGAUACAAGAUUCCGGUGCAGUGGCCCGAGAGCUUGCACAAGAUAUGGCACAGCAACAUGCCCCACAACAAAAUUGCGGACAGGAAAGGUCAUCAGGGAUGGAUGAAACGGGAAGGACCGUACUUUAUUUUCCCUGGUGGUGGCACAAUGUUUCCUGAUGGUGCAAUACAGUAUAUCGAAAAACUUGGACAAUACAUCCCUAUUAGUGGCGGCACUCUCAGGACUGCUCUCGAUAUGGGUUGUGGGGUGGCCAGUUUUGGGGGAUAUCUGCUAGCUGAAGACAUUUUAACCAUGUCGUUUGCACCAAGAGAUUCACAUAAAUCCCAGAUACAAUUUGCACUUGAGAGAGGGAUUCCGGCUUUUGUUGCCAUGCUUGGAACUCGCAGACUCCCAUUUCCUGCAUUCUCAUUUGAUUUGGUGCACUGUUCUCGAUGUUUAAUCCCUUUUACUGCUUACAAUGCAACAUAUUUCAUCGAAGUGGAUCGGUUGCUUCGACCAGGAGGAUAUGUGGUCAUCUCUGGUCCCCCUGUACAAUGGCCUAAUCAAGACAAGGAAUGGGCAGAUCUGCAGGGUGUGGCUAGAGCAUUGUGUUAUGAACUUAUUGCUGUGGAUGGAAACACUGUUAUCUGGAAAAAGCCUGCAGGAGAUUCAUGUCUCCCCAACCAAAAUGAAUUUGGUCUAGAGUUGUGUGAUGAAUCAGAUGACCCAAGUUAUGCAUGGUACUUCAAAUUAAAAAAAUGUGUAAGUAGGACCUCUUCUGUCAAGGGAGAACUAGCUGUUGCGAUGAUUCCAAAGUGGCCAGACAGGCUAACUAAAGUUCCUUCAAGAGCCACACUCAUGAAAAAUGGCAUUGAUGUGUUUGAGGCUGACACUCGGCGGUGGGCAAGAAGAGCUGCGUACUACAAAAACUCAUUAAAUGUAAAGCUUGGAACCUCAGCUAUACGCAACGUCAUGGACAUGAAUGCAUUUUUUGGAGGCUUUGCCGCAGCACUAAAAGCUGACCCUGUGUGGGUAAUGAAUGUGGUUCCUGCUCGCAAGCCGUCAACUUUGGCAGUAAUUUAUGACAGAGGCCUUGUUGGAGUCUACCAUGAUUGGUGUGAGCCUUUCUCAACAUACCCUAGGAGCUAUGAUCUCAUUCAUGUAGCUGGGAUUGAAUCACUCAUUAAACAUCCAGGUUCAGGGAAGAGCAGGUGUAACCUUGUGGAUUUGAUGGCGGAGAUGGAUCGAAUUUUGCGUCCGGAGGGAACAGUCGUGGUUAGAGAUUCCCCUGAAGUGAUUGAUAAAGUAGCUCGCCUAGCUCGCGCUGUGAAAUGGUCGGCUGCCAUACAUGAGAAAGAACCCGAAUCACAUGGGAGAGAGAAAAUACUUGUUGCAACUAAAAACUUUUGGAAGCUGUCUUCGGCAUCCCACUGACAUAGACUUUGUUCUUUGUAAUGUUAUGUAGGUAUUUUCUUCUUUCCUUUUUCUAUCCUUUUCUCAAAGGCAUAUGCCAUCUCAAUGCAUCAAAGGGAUGCAGUUUUUUUUCUUGUUCCUCAUCCUGUAUGUUUAUAUUAGGAGAUAGGAGAGUUAUAAUGGGAAGUAUAGACGUGCAGUUUUAUAUGAGAAUACACAUGCUGGUGCUGGUGGGAGUUAUGUAUCCAUUUAGUUGUCCCCGUUCAUUGUAAUUUGAUGUGGUUAUUUAUCAUCAUUGAUUUGAUGAUUCUGCAUUA